GCAACAUUUCUGAGUCAACAAACAUGAAGGAUACAAGCAGCGAUAUGGUACAUAGAGGUACAACAGAAGGCUUUGCUGCAGCACAACAAUCAACAACUCCUGCAGGGGUCCCUGUUGACCAGGCUUGUACUUCCACUGAAAGAGGACUGUCUGAAACUCUGAGUGAGAGUGAACUACCUGUUAAGCCUUCCACCAUCUUGAAUUUGAUUCAAGAUUCUCAACAGCAUGUGUCUGUAUUGAAGGUUCCAGUGCUAACUGUUGCCACGUGCCUCCCUCCCUCUGAGAGGUUGGGACAGAGUGCAGGAAGGAAGGAUGGAAUGAUGGAGAAGAAGAGUGAAUCAGGUGAUGUGACGGAAGACGGGAUGGGAGGAGACAGUGACGACUGUGGUGAUGAAGAAAUCUUACACACGGGCACAGAAGCUGAAGAAAAGCCCUACAGGUGUGAGAAGUGCAGCAGUCAGUUCAGUAGCCAGGAAAAUCUAAAGAGCCACAAGUGUGCUCACACGGGGAAGGGACGCUACAGAUGUGAGGAGUGCGGCAAACAGGUCACUACGCCUUUUCGUUUAAAGAGACACAUGCGUACUCACACCGGGGAAAAGCCCUUUAGCUGUGAGAAGUGUGGCCGGAAGCUCAGUCAGCCACAUACUUUAAAGGUUCACCUACAGACUUGUACAGGGGAGAAUCACCAAUGUGACAAGUGCAGUAGGCAGUUUAGAAAGCUAUCUGAUCUGAAGAAGCACAUGCAAACCCAUGCAGUGGUGAAACUCCACAAAUGUGAAAAGUGCAGCAAGCAGUUUUCAAAGAUAUAUCUUCUGAAGAAACAUAUGCUUGUUCACACUGGCAAAAAGCCCUUCAGCUGUGAGAAAUGUGGCAGGCAGUUCAGCCAGCAACACAAGGUAAAGAACCACUUACAGACUUGUACAGGAAAAAAUCACCUAUGUGGGGAGUGCAGUAGGCAGUUUAGAAAGCUAUGUGACUUGGAAAAGCACAUGCAAACUCACGCAGGGGAGAAACCCUACAAAUGUGAAGUUUGCAGCAGGCAGUUUUCGAGACCUGGUCGUUUGACGAUGCACAUUCUUACUCACACUGGGGAGAAACCUUUUACGUGUGAGAAGUGCGGCCGGAAGUUUACUCAGCAACAUCAUCUGAAGGUUCACUUGCAGCAGUCUUGCAUACGGGUGACUCACAAAUGUGAGAAGUGCAACAUGCAGUUUAGAAAGCUACAUGAUCUGAAGCAACACUUGUGCAUGAGCACUCACACAGGGGAGAACCUUAAGUGUGGGGAGUGUAGCAAGCAGUUCAAUUUGCUGAAAAAUCUGAGGAGUCACAUGCGAACUCAUUCAGGGGAGAAACGCUACAGGUGUGAGGAGUGUGGCAACGAGUUCAAUAGGCUGGGUAACUUGAAGAGGCACCAGCAAACUCACAGUGAGGAGAAACCUUACAUGUGUGAGCAGUGUGGCAGACGAUAUGGUCUACUGUCUUAUCUAAAGAAUCACAUGCAGACUCACACUCCCACUGCCCGGAAGAAAGCGUACAGGUGUGAGACCUGCAACAGGAACUUUUCCAGUCAACGUCAUCUAAAGGAUCACAUCAUGAUUCACACCGGUGAAAAACCUUACAUGUGUGAAAAGUGUGGCAAGCAGUUCAUUCGACUGGCUGAGAUGAAGGCUCACAUGUGGAAACACACAGGUGUGAAAUCCCACACUUGUGAGCAGUGUGGCAAGCAGUUCGCUAGUGUGACAGGUCUAAAGAGACACUUGCUUAUGCACACUGGGGAGAAACCUUACAGGUGUGAGGAGUGCGGCAAGCAGUUCAAUAGGUUGACUAGUUUGAAGAAACACAAGUUUAAUCACACAGGUGUGAGACCUUACAGGUGUGAGGAGUGUGGAAAACAGUUCAAGUUGGUGGCUGCUUUGAAGAGGCACAUGCUUACUCACACUGGUGAGAGACCUUACAGUUGUGAGGAAUGCAGCAAAUCGUUCAAUCGGCUGGAUUAUCUCAAGAUACACAAGGAGAGGAUGCAUCAGCCCAAUGGUCAGGAAGUGCAGCAAGCCAUUCAUUCAGUCUACACCAGAGAGACACAGGAAAACCCAGUGGACUAGUGACAAAUACUAAAACUGAGAAGUAGAACUCUUGAAGUCUGGUGUAAAAACAAAACCAGCAGAGAGAAAGGAAAAGUGAUCAAAAGAUAUCAUCACUGUGGACCUUUAACUUGAGUUUAAGUCCAUGUCAACAUGUGUUGGGUAUUUUGGACAAUGAUUUCUAGAUA